AUGGCUACGCGCGCAGUACACAUAGAGGUUGUUUCAGAUUUGACGACUGAGGGUUUCCUGGCAGCGUUCAAACGGUUCGUUUCUAGGCGCGGUCACUGUCGUCAUAUCUGGAGCGACAAUGGUACAAAUUUUGUAGGUGCUGCUAAAGAGUUGCAGAUGCUUUUCAACCAACAAAGUUCGAUGUACAAAGACAUUGCAGCUGCUCUUGCAAACUCUCAAACAGAAUGGCAUUUUAUCCCUCCUCACGCUCCAAAUUUUGGUGGGUUGUGGGAAGCAGGGGUGAAAAGUGUAAAACACCACUUGAAGCGUGUGAUAGGUGACUCCACUUUGACGUUCGAAGAAUUGUCCACAGUACUUUCCCAAAUCGAGGCAUGCCUAAACUCUAGGCCCCUGUCCCAGGGUAGUAGUGAUCCAGAGGAUCCUGUACCUCUGACUCCGGGUCAUUUCUUGGUGGGUCAUCCAUUGGUAAUGGUUCCUGACUACAACUAUGAAAGUGUCACA